GCAGUUUGGUGACCAUGAGAACCCACACUGGUCAAGUCCCGGCCCCAGAGGACGCGGACGUGUCCGACAGUGAGGACUCUUUGAUGAUUGACAGCGAGGAGGAGAACGCGAGCAGCGCGGACCUCAGAUUCAGGAAACCUCGUGGAAUAGGGACGCCCGACCACCCGGGAUUCGAAAAUUUCGAUAAAUUCAGACUGUAUAUGGAGAAUAAAAACACUCAAAGAAAAACAGAUACAGAUGUACGUAUCGUCAUCAGUUAUUUGCGCUCGGUCGAUGAGAACAGAAACCCAGAGGAUGUUCCAGCUGCCGAACUCGACCGAUAUUUGUCGACAUUUUUUACGAUUGUGAAGAAGCAUGAUGGGAAUGAUUACGAGCCCGCGAGUCUGCGCGGGAUGCUGUGUAGCAUCGAACGUUACCUUAAAAUGAAGAAUUAUCUCACCUCCGUGACUAGAGAUGCUGCUUUUGUUGGCACCAGACAAGCGCUCAAGUACAAACAACAAAGACUCAGAGAAAUUGGUAAAGGCAUCAAGAAGCCAAAUGAGCCCAUUGGCAAACUAGGGUUCGACCGCAUACACCAAUUAUUUUCCGAGCAAGAGAUGGGGCCACACACCCCAAUGUCGGUCAUUAACACUCUGUGUUUCGUCAUCAUAGUCCACUUUAGACUAAGAAAAGCCAUAGAUCAUAAGAAUUUACAAUGGGGAGACAUAGAGUUAAAGACAGACACUAAAGGAAAAGAGUACCUAGCGUACCAACCGAUGUCAGCAUCAAACCAGAGCUAUAAAGCUAACAAAAUCGCUGACUUAAAACUGUGUAUCUGGAGCAGACCCGAACUACAGGACAGAGAUCCUAUUAGCAUAUAUAAACUUUAUUCCAAGAAAAGACCGCCCAGCAUGCAACACGAGAAUUCGCCUUUCUACCUGGGAAUUACAACAAUUAACCCAACCCCUAUGCAAUCCUGGUACCGAACAUGUGCCAUGGGGGUUAAUAAACUUAGUGAUUUAGUGCGCAUGAUCCGUAGCAUCACUGGACUUCCGCGUACUACACUCGAUGGAUCAACAGAAAGCAUUUUGUCCGCCAACUUUUCCAUUCCGUCCACUAAUGACCGUCUUCCAUAUUCGUAUAAACCAAUCCCACCAGUCCCAAACUUCACCCCCAUCAAACCUAAACCUGAAUUACCGGAGGCGUCGACAGAGGAAAACAGCUUGACAGAAACCAUCAUUGAGGCGGAGGAAACUUCCCGGUCCGUGUGUCUGUCCGCCUCGGAAAGUCCACUCUCACAGUCUGACAGCGAGAAUUUAUCGCUAGUCAGCAAUGAAAGACGGAGUGACCAGACACCUUUAAAAAGAGCUAAGGAGACUAUCUGUGCAGUAAUGCAGACACUGGACCAAUCAGACGUGAAUGACCUACUGACCUGGCUACGGCAGUCACGCCUGGAUGAACGAGAAGAGAUUGGUAAGAUUACUGACAGUAAUACGAUUCAAAAGGAACCGGGUACUAAUGAAAACGAUGACACAAGACAUUUUACACUUGGCAUAGAAUUUAACUUGCGUGCACGACCUGGGGAGGAUCCAAUCAAAAUUACUUCCGUUGUAACCGAUAAAAUUGCCAAAAACAUGGACAAAGAGGAAAAAUGGAACGCAUGCAUUCAAAAUAGCCGUAAAAGAGAAUCUUCAUCAAGGGGCAAUGAAGGAGAAGACAAUAUGUCUACAAAUCUGUGUAAAAGAAAUAAAAUUGCCACGCCAAACCCUGUCAAUCUUACCAAUGAAAAUAUAUCGAACAGCGCGACAUCAUAUGAUGACGUUCCAAAGAUAAAUAAAAACAUAUCAAAUGAUUUGGGCUGUAGUGCUUCCAAUAGCAAUGCAGCUGAAACACAGAUGUCGGAACAUCUGUCCUCGACGACUGCGGAAAUUCUGCCAAACUUCACUUCCGGUUACAAUCCAGUUCCACAUGCUCAUAUGGCACCGAUACAACGCCCCUCAUUUUUUAGCACUCAUGAUCCUAACUGGACCAGUUCCCUACCCCACCCGUCUCUGUACCAUAGGGGAGGUCUGGACACCGUCACACCCAUGACUGCGCAUUGCAGCUACACCCAGUAUCAGUUCGCGCAAUCCUUGCAUUCUGCGAGCUCUUGCCAGUUCCCUCAAAGUAAUUUGUAGU